CGCAAAACGACAUUGUUACAACGCUAAAUGAGGCCGGGGAAGAAGAAGCGGUACUGAUCACUUCCGGUAAAAAUAGAAACACAUGGGAUCAAACGGCUGAAGUCAUGACGAGGUGGGCCAGGGCCAAUAACAUCCACAAAAACAAACCAGCAGAAGCCACUCCGUGGGGUCAGCUAAGAGGAGGAAGAGGAGGAGGUCACAGUUCCUGUGCUGCACAAGGCUCCCAGACGAACCCUCUGAGGAGGACUCAGGCUGGCAGUUCUGCUGUGAAGAAGCCCAAUCGAAAGAAGAAAGAGUACACCAACGAGGAUGUCAACGGCUUUCUGGAGUUUCUGCAGCAGAACGGACAAACAGGGGAUGAAGGAGGUAGGCGUGGAGAGCAGCAGCUCAGAGAGGAGGUGGAGGUGGCUCUGAAGAAAGACAAGAGGAGAGAGGACAGGAGGGUGAAGAGACAGAAGGAUAAGACGAAUAAAAUGUUAUGCUUUAACUGUAGGAAGCCCGGUCACGGAUUGGCCAACUGUCCUGAAGCCGACCGGGACCACGAGAUGGGCCGAGGUAUCUGUUACCGCUGUGGCUCUACGGAGCAUGAAAUCCAGAAGUGUAAAGCCAAAGUGGACCCAGCUAUGGGUGAGUUCCCAUAUGCCAAGUGUUUCAUCUGCAGUCAAACUGGACACCUGUCCCGAUCUUGUCCUGACAAUCCCAAAGGACUCUAUGCACAAGGAGGAUGCUGUCGUGUUUGUGGCUCCGUGGAACAUUUUCAGAAGGACUGUCCAGAGCAUCAGGCUGCCACUAACUCUGUGACGUUGGGCUGGAUGUCUAACAAUCUGAGUGCAGACCUGGAGGACGUCCACGUUCCAGUGAAGAAGGCCAAACCAAAGCAGGCUAAAGUGGUGACGUUCUGAUGGGAUCCUAAAGCUGAAGUGCUUGUGUUCACUAAACCUGGACUCUACCAGAGAAACCACUUCAGAGGAGCUGGAGUUUUUUUUAAUAAACUGUUUCUAACAACUGUAGCUUAGCUGCUGUUUGGACCAGCUGAGUAAGAUAACGAUGCAAGUGGAUUUUGGAUAAAUCAGCAUAAAAAACUAAGUUUCUCUGUGGCUGAGCGAUGUAUCGCUCAGAAUGGAUAAAACAAUAAAAAAUAAAUCCAGGAAGACGAA